AUGGUUGACGAAUGUACACGUAAAACUUUAAGUGCAAUUCCAUUAUUAAAAACUAAGGCUGGUCCUCGAGAUAAAGAUAUUUGGGUACAGAGAUUAAAAGAAGAAUAUCAGGCUUUAAUUAAGUAUGUAGAAAAUAAUAAGGCAGCAGAUAAUGAUUGGUUUCGUUUAGAAUCAAAUAAAGAAGGGACUAAAUGGUUUGGUAAAUGUUGGCAUAUACAAGACCUUUUGAAAUAUGAAUUCGAUAUAGAAUUCGAUAUACCUGUUACCUACCCCUCUACAGCACCUGAAAUAGCUCUACCUGAAUUAGAUGGUAAAACUGCUAAAAUGUACAGGGGAGGAAAAAUAUGUUUAACAGAACAUUUUAAGCCUCUGUGGGCUAGAAAUGUACCUAAAUUUGGAAUAGCACAUGCAAUGGCUCUGGGUCUGGGACCUUGGUUGGCUGUAGAAAUUCCAGAUUUAAUCGAAAGAGGAGUAGUUAAUUACAAGGAAAAAUCAUGA